GAAUUUCAUGGUAUAGUAACAAUUUUUAACCUCGCAAUUGUAUAUGUAGCCAUUUACCACUCAAAAACCCUAUUUCGAAUGAUUCCUUGGCGAGAAAGAUGGGUAAAAGUUUUUAGCCAACGGAACACAGGAGAGAGAGACGACCUGUAUUGUUUUUGUACAGCGGUAUUACCCUAAAGUUGAACAUGGCGGCUUCGUUGCACAUGUUGAAUCAUGUCGUUCUUCCCGGGGACAUCGUUUGCACUACACAAGACUUGAAAGUGUGCUCACAAAAUCCCAGGAUUAAACUAAAGCUUGGGCCAGGGCUGAGACAAGAAGGCGAGCAAGUGUUGGCAUACAAAUCCGGUGUGUUUCGACACAGAGCCCCAGCGGUUUACUGGAUCGACACUAAUCAAAAACGCUAUGUCCCAGUAAAGGACGAGCGUGUCAUAGGUAUCAUUUCCAACCGGGGAGGAGAAAGUUACAAAGUUGAUAUAGGGACUAGUAAUCCUGCUACACUCUCUUCGCUGGCAUUUGAGGGAGCGACAAAGCGAAACAAGCCAAAUCUUCAGAUUGGUGAUCUAGUGUAUUGUAGGUUGUCUAUUGCUAACAAAGAUAUGGAACCUGAGUUGGAUUGUACUGAUGGUAGUGGUAAAAGCACAGGCCUUGGACCACUUUCAGGAGGAUUCAUGUUCAAUUGCUCACUUGGGCUGACACGAAAGUUACUCAAUAAGGACUUUAUACUUUUGAAACUUCUUGGAAAAUACUUCCCCUUUGAAUGUACAGUUGGCUUAAAUGGCAGAGUCUGGAUAAAUGCAAAGACAACUAUUAAUAUUAUAGCCAUAUUAAACGCAAUAUCAAACUCAGAGUUCAUGGACAACCAGCAGAUUGAAACCAUGGUGAGACAACUAGUAGAGGGAAUCAUGUGACAAACGUGAAAGCAUCUUAGUGACAGAACUUGUGAAAAAGGAGAACUACACUUCUUGGUUACUGUAAUAUGGGAACUGAAAUGAUCACUAUCUGUAGAAAUAUACACUUGUUAAUGGCAUGAACAAACUAAAUGUAUUUUACUGUAU